AUGGCGCUGGAGCAGGCGCCCACCGACGGCCCCGGCGCCGCGCCCGCCCCACCGCGGCUGUGCGAGCCCGGCCCCACCGCUCCGCCCCACAGCGGCAGCGCCCUCGCCGCCCCCGACAGCCCCGGGCGGGCGGCGGAGCCGGAGCUGCUGGCGGCCGGCGGUGAGGACGAGCCCGAGCCCGAAACCGGCGGCGAGGAGGAGGCCGAGCCUGAGGCCGGCGGCGCGGAGGAGGAGCCCGGCCCCGAGGCCGCCCCGGCCAGGCCGUCGCAGAACAUCGCGGUGCAGACCGACUUCAAGGCGGCCGACAUGGAUGUGAACACGGAUCAGGACAUAGAGAAGAACCUGGACAAGAUGAUGUCCGAGAGGGCAUUGCUGAAGGAGCGCUACCAGGAGGUGCUGGACAAACAGAGGCAAGUGGAGAACCAGCUGCAGGUCCAGCUUAAGCAGCUCCAGCAGCGGAGGGAGGAGGAGAUGAAGAACCACCAGGAGAUCCUGAGGGCGAUUCAAGACGUUACAAUCAAGAGAGAAGAGACAAAGAAGAAGAUGGAGAAAGAGAAGAAAGAAUUCCUGCAGAAAGAGCAGGAUCUGAAGGCAGAAAUUGAGAAGCUCUGUGAGAAAGGCAGAAGGUUGCUGAAGGAGCAGGAGGAGAAGGAGAACAAGAUUGCGUCGCUGAUUGCUGAGCAGUCCGAUGAGAAGCAGCUGUGGGAGAUGGAGCUGGAUAAGCUGAAGAACCAGCACAAUGAGAUCAACAGGAACAUUCUUGAGGAGACAGAACGGGCCUGGAAGGCAGAGAUCCUGUCUCUGGAGAGCCGGAAGGAGCUGCUGGUGCUGAAACUAGAAGAGGCAGAAAAAGAAGCAGAGCUGCACCUCACCUACCUCAAGUCUGCUCCACCCACGCUGGAGACCAUGAGGCCGAAGCAGGAGUGGGAGCUGAGGCUCAACAGGAUACGAAUGACCAAGGAAAGCGUCCGAGAUCAGUUCAACGACCACAUUCAGAUGGUGAGGAACGGAACCAAGCUGAGCAGUCUCCCACAGAUCCCCACGCCAACGCUGCCCCCUCCGCCCUCAGAGACAGAUUUCAUGCUGACGGCAUUCCAGCCCAACCCCUCCCUUACACCCAGGCUCCCAUUCCCCAUUGGACCGGUCCCCGUGCCCAUGGUCAUGCCGAGCGCCGAUCCCCGGGCGCUCUCCUUCCCCCUCCUGAACCCUGCCAUCUCCAGGCCCAACCAGCCCUCCCCUCCGCUGCCCACGUCCCAGGGCAGGAACAGCCCCGUGGUGGCCUCGCUGAUGGGCACACACAGCCCUCACGUGGCCCCUGCCGCCUCCAUCCCACCUCCACCGGGGCUGGCAGGCGUCGCUCCCGAGUUCCACCGCCUGCAGCCGGCCGACAAGCUGGACAAGCUCCUGGACAAGCUGCUGACUCGGUUCCCACAGUGCAACAAGGCCCAGCUCACCAACAUCCUGCAGCAGAUCAAGACUGCCCGGAGGACCAUGGCAGGUCUGACCAUGGAGGAGCUGAACCAGCUCGUGGCAGCCAAGCUGGCAGAGCAGCAGGAGCGGGCAGCGGCCGGGGCUCAGCCUCUCAGCCGGAUCAGGGCACCCAUGUUCUCUGCCCCCCUGCCCCAGAUCAGCACACCCAUGUUCCUGCCCCCGGCCCAGGUGACUUACCACGGAACAGCGGCACACACCCCGGCUGCCUGCAAGCUGUGUCUCAUGUGCCAGAAGCUGGUGCAGCCUGGUGACCUUCACCCCAUGGCCUGCUCGCACGUGCUGCACAAGGAGUGCAUCAAGUUCUGGGCCCAAACCAACACGAACGACACUUGCCCCUUCUGCCCAAGCCUCAAAUGACGCUACUGGAAGAGAGUGGUCCCACGGGAGGAGUUGCUGUGAAUAGACGGGAUCAGUUCUAAGAUUUCUACAGUUCUAUAUUUAUACGGCCAUGUAUACACAUGUACAUUUUUAUUAUAUAGGUAAUGUGUGUAUAGAAAGUCUGUAUACAUACAAAUUCAUAAAUAAAGUGUGUAUAUUAUGCAGUGA